UAUUAUAAGCUAUGGGAGUGGGAGAGAAGGGGGCGGGGCACACAGGCAUAUAGACGUCCUUGGAAGGAUCAGUUCGCAGUCAGUCGAGCCAAUCGCAAGGUGGUUGUACCUUCUGUGUAUCUGCUCGUACUGUCAGGCUGCUGAAAUGACCGGAUCGGAGAAGAGUUUGGCCAAAGGCAGCCCAGCUCCGGGCCCAGUCUCUGAAGAAACAAUUCGUGUGUACAGCAUGAGAUUCUGCCCAUAUGCUCAGAGGGCAAGGCUUGUUUUGGCUGCCAAAGGAAUCAAGCAUGAAGUAAUAAACAUCAAUUUGAAGAACAAACCAGACUGGUUCAUUGAGAAGAGCCCAUUUGGCCUUGUUCCAUCUUUGGAGACUAGCAGUGGUCAGGUGAUCUAUGAAUCUCCAAUCGUUUGUGAUUAUCUGGAUGAGGUUUACCCUGGGAAGAAGUUGACCCCUGUAGACCCCUUCCAGAAAGCCCAACAAAAGAUGAUAGUGGAACAUUUUUCCAAGAUCUCAACAUUGUUCUAUAAAAUAUUGUUAGCCAAGAAAAAUAAUGAAGAUGUAUCGGGUGUGAAAGCAGAGGUCCAGGAGAAGUUGGUUAAACUUGAUGAGAUCCUGGCUAAACAAAACGGCCUUUUCUUUGGUGGAAGUGAUGUUUCUAUGGUUGACUACAUGAUCUGGCCAUGGUUUGAACGGCUCAUCAUUUUCGAUUCAAAGGAUUGUUUGAAUAAAACCCCACACAUUGAUAAGUGGUAUCAACAGAUGCUGCAGGAUCCAGCAGUCAAGGCCACAUAUAUUGAACCAGAUCUCCUGUUAGGCUUUUUCAAGCUAUACAGCCAGAAUGAUGUGGAAGCCUGUGAUUAUGGUCUCUAACACUUUCUUGUAAUAUACAGUACCUUGUUGCUGACUGGGAAAUUCUUUUGCACUUUGCUGUAACUAUUUUUUUAAAACCCAAUAAAGGUGCCUUUCAGCCUGCUG